AUGCAGCAAAUAUCCUCUGCAGAACCGACCCCUUCACGCCAUGUGUGCCACUGCGGAAAGAGCUUUAUCAGAAAGGAACAUCUGAGGAGACACCAAGCCACACAUGGCGAGCGCAAUUUCAUCUGUCCCAUGUGUCAGCGCUCCUUUACGCGCAAUGACUUGUUAAGACGUCAUCUCGCUCGCCAUGACAUGCCCACAGCGCCCGAUCCUCGACGAGGACGAGCCUGUGACGCGUGCCACGCUAACAAAACAAAGUGUGACGGUGGUACAAAGUGUACCCUGUGUAUCAAGCGAGGUAUAAGCUGCACCUACAAGCAUGCUUCUAAAGCCGGCAGCAGCAGGAGUAGCAGGAGCCCUGUCGAAGAUCCUAAACGAACAGCCUCUCGUCCGGUGCCGGAUGUUCACGAAAUCAACACCCCUUCCUCCAUCACACCCCCUAUAGCUCUUGGCACGUCUCAAAUUUCCCCAGCCGAUGAAAUCAAGGCUGCUUUUAAGCGUAUCUCGAACGAUGUGCGGACAGGCAAGAUACCCGUCGGCGAACCUACAACUGUUCCCGCGCCAGACCAUCCAUGGAUCGAAGCGAACUCACGAGAAUAUUUCGGCCGACUCCAUGAGGCCUGGCCUGUCCUCCAUGCUCCUUCUUAUACCAUUGGUAUGGAGGAUUCCUUUGUCAUCGCGACCUCUGUGGCUAUGAUAAGUUGCUGGCUGAGAAGUCCGGAUGAGUAUGGAGAGGUGGUGAUGGAAUUGCAUGAGACUAUUAUGAAUACAUUAUCACAAUGGAUAGACAAGAGAUUGAUUGCAAAGGCAUCUCUAUUACGAGACGCCUACUACGCCCUAGCCCACUUCCAAGCCCCAACUCUCUUCAGAGAAGAACUCGACCUCACAAUGCCCGCCACAUUCUCCCUCUGGAACGCCUUUGGUCUAGACAUAUUCUUCCAACGUCUUCCCUUUGAACCAACAGAUAGAUCGAACUUUAAAAUCACGGAAAUCUGCGCCAAUCCAAACACACCCGCCAAAUCUCUUUUACUUUUAGAAGACGUCCACCUCGCGUUGUGCGGUCUAUCACCCGCGAUAUGGAACCAUGCGCAAAUCGUGCGACGAAGCGCCGAAGCAGGCCGCUCGACACAUAAUUCUACAGCGUCGUUGGGAUGGCAGCUGGAAGCGUGGAAAGCGGACGUGGAAAGAAUACAGCACCAGUGUUUUCAAACGUUUCACGGUGCGGGUAUGGGCGACUUUCCCUUCAAGGCGUACAUCGGAGACUUUGACGAUAAGCCCCCGAGAGCAAAAGCCGCUGCCAUGGUGCACGUCAAGUGUUUGGCUUCGGAUUGCAUCAUGAUUUAUCAUCUGCAGAGUCUUCAACUGUACUCCGAUACCCGGAUGAUCAACUCUGUUGCAAAGGCCCACACGUCACCAAUCCUCACAGACCGCGAACCCACCGUACGUCCAUGGCUGCAGAAACUUCACAGCCAACUAAGUCUCUGGACGAAAUCACCCGAAAGUCGAAAAGCUGUGCUCCACGCCCUAGCGGUGCUUCUAGACUGCGAAGCAGCUUUGGAAUCCAACUCUCCUCAGACGCAAUCCAUCGACCCAACAGCUUACCUCGCCAUCUCCACGAGCGCUUUGGUAGUAUGGGCGUGGACUUUGUUCAGUGAAGGAGUUUGCAUGUGUGUUCCUAGUCUGAACCACAUCAACAUUGGAGUCGAUCCGCCAGAUCUGCAAAACACCAACACCGCACGGCUGGAAACGUGGAUACAGGCUGAUGGGACGGCGGCGGUGAAUAAUAUUCCGCUGUGUAGAUGUGUCAUCAAUGGGUGGACGGCGAGGUUCAAUGCGCUUUUGCCACUGGGGAAAAGACGUUGGGGAUUGUGUGAUGAGGUUGCGCCGAUUUUGAGCUCUCUUGGUGCUGGUAACUGA